AUGAGCAACCUCUUGGCCCGCCCCAACGUGAAGCUAUUCAACGCCGUGGCGGCAGAGGAUUUGAUAGUGAAUGAUGGCAGAGUGGGCGGCAUUGAGACGAACUGGGCCCUGGUGUCGAUGAACCACGAUGUUGAAAGCGACACACAGUCCUGCAUGGACCCUAAUGUGAUGGAGGCCAAGGUGGUGGUGAGCUCUUGUGGUCAUGAUGGACCAUUUGGUGCCACCGGGGUGAAGAGGCUGAAGAGCAUCGGGAUGAUCGACAGCGUGUCGGGGAUGAAGGCACUCGAUAUGAAUACAGCCGAGGAUGCUAUCGUGACGCUGACUAGGGAAAUUGUGCCCAGGAUGAUUGUAACUGGGAUGGAAGUAGCAGAGAUUAAUGGAUCUCCAAGAAUAGGUCCAACAUUCGGAGCAAUGAUGAUAUCUGGGCAAAAGGCAGCUCAUCUUGCACUGAAAGCAUUAGGAUUGCCUAAUGCACUUGAUGGAACAUAUCCCGGAAGCAUUCACCCGGAGCUGAUCUUGGCUGCCGCUGUUUCCGCCGAGACCGCCAACGCUUAGCCGUAGUUGGUCGAUGGCUGCAAUGGUAGUGGCUUAGCUGCUAUGGAGAUGAGGAAUUUGAAUAAUGUGCAAAGUUGUUGGUAGGAUUCGAAAUAGUCUCCUGUAACUUGAUAGCAA